AUGAAUAAUUAGUAACCAUAAUCACUGUUUUCUAAUUCAUCUAAAUAGACAUAAAACCAAGGACUUUUCUAAUAAUAAUAGUAAUCUUUCAACGCAAAUUUCGGAAUUGCCUAGUAACCCACAGGAAAUAUUUUCCCGAGUCCUGUAAUUCCUCAUAGUAAUUCCAAUUUAUUUGGAGCACAAAUCAACAAUGCUUACCAAAUUUAAUAACCACUAUUCCAACAAUAUUCAGUGAUACAACCUACAUAGUUUAUUAAUAUUAAUUUUGAUGAUGAUGAAAAGAUAGAGCCUAAAAAAGAAGAUGCCAAAUAAAAUACAAAUAAAUAUGAUUUAAAUGAAAAACUUUACUUUGAGGUUAGAUCCUUAUACAAAAUGGGAAAAUUGCUUAACAGUAGGACAUAAUAUUUACCUGGAAUCGUAAGUAUAAAAGCUUUAGAUUAAGCUGUCACGUAGAAUCAAAAAAAUUAGCGAGUUGGGGUAGAUUUGAUAUGCUUAAUUGACAUUAGUGGAAGUAUGAUAGGAGUUAAAAUUGAAAUGGUUAAGGCAUCCUUAAUUGUUCUUCUCUAAUUUCUUGGAGAUAAUGAUAGACUAUAAUUAAUAACUUUCGAUAAUGAUGCACAUAGAUUAACUCCCUUAAAAACUGUAACCAACCAAAAUAAAAGUUAUUUUACUUAAAUCAUCAAAUAAAUUAAAGCAAAUGGAGGUAAUCGUAUUUCAGAAGCUACUAAAAUGGCAUUUUACUAAUUAAAAAGUAGAAAAUAUAUAAAUAAUGUGACAUCGGUUUUCUUACUUUCUGAUGGUGUUGAUUAUACUUAUCCAGAGGUAAAGAAUCAAAUAUAGACAGUGAAUGAAGUGUUUACUUUGCAUACAUUUGGUUUUGGAGAGGAUCAUGAUGCUUAGAUGAUGACUUAGUUAUGUAAUUUAAAGAGUGGAAGUUUUUAUUUUGUAUAGGAUGUAACAUUAUUGGAUGAAUUCUUUGCAGAUGCUUUGGGAGGACUAAUCUCUGUCGUAGGUGAAUAAUUAGAAAUAACACUUUCAUCUUCAGCACCUCCUCCUUAUUAAGAUAUUCAAAUAUCUAAAACUUAUGGAAAUAUGUGGUAAAAGAAAGGAAAUCAAUAUUAUAUUACUCAACCUUAAAUUGCAUCUGGAUCAAGAAAAGAUUACGUUUUUGAAUUGGCUCUUCCAAAAUUUGAAGGGAAAAUCGAAGAUAAUCAUAGAAAUGUGAAAGUUAUAGAGGCAGUAUUAAAAAUAAAAGAUCCAAUUAAUGGAGCAAUUAUAACUAAAUAAACUAGUCUUACAUUAACAUUCUUUAAUUAAGAUGAAUAAAUUAAUUAAAAUGAAUCAGAUAUUGAUGUUUAUGCAUAAUAUUAUAGAGUAAAAGGAACAGAAGUAAUUGAUGAUGCAAGAAAAGCUUGUGAAUAAAAUAAGAAUGAAGAUGCUUAAAAGUUGAUUGAUAAUAUGUUGAUACAAAUUUAAAAGAAUCAAAAUGUUGCUGCUUAAUGUACUGGAAUUAUUUAAGAUUUAUAAUAAGCAAAAUAAGCAUCUUCAAGAAAUACCUAUAAUUUAUUUGGCCAAAAAUAAAUGUGUCAAAUGGUCAGUAAUAACUAUCAAUAGGGAGGAGUCAACUCUUUAUUCUCUGCCACAGGAGCAUAAUAUAUAAUAAGUUCUACCAGCUGCAUACUCUAAUGCUUGCUAAUAAUAAAUGAUGUUUCAAGUAUAAGCAUCCAAACCUAGUAACAAGUAACAUUGAUUCAUUAUAUUAUGAAUUUAUUAUUAAUUACCUCUAUCUUUCCUUUUACAAAUUAUAUUAUUUACACCUUUAUCGCUUAUUUCUUCCACAAGAGUUAUUACAGAUAUUUAAUAUAAUAUUUCAAAAUAGUUAAUGCCUUUAUUUCGAUUUUAAGAUUAUGA